AUGGCAAAAGAUAUUGAUCGAUUCGAUGAUAUUUUCUAUCAAUAUGGCGAUGAUAUGGAUGAAGAAGGCAAAGAAGAUCUAAAUGUUGAUUUUGAUAAUCUUUAUAUGAAUAUUGGUAAAGACAAUGAUAAUGAUGAUAACAAUAUAGAUGUAUUUGAAAUUGAACAAUUAAAUGAUGACGAGAACAUUAUCGUCGAUCUGACUACUGAAGUAGUAGAAGAAGAACAUUUAUCUCAAAAAUUAAGUCAAUUAUCAGCUACUGAUAAAGAACAAGAGGAUAGUGAUAAAUUCAUACCAUCAACCGUGAAGAAACGACCAGCUUUAACAUCAAAUGCAACAACAGUUAACAUAACGAAAAAAAUGAAACCAAAUGAAGAAGAAAAAAUCAAAUAG